GCCUACCACUGCAGCCGCAGAGGGGGGAAGGGAAGCAUUUGGGCGAGUCCACGCGCAGGAGAGCCGCUUAACUGGGCAGGGCUGGUUGCUGAGGCUCACAGAAGGACUUGGGAGGAGCCGCGCCGGGCUGGCUGUUCCUUUCUCUCGAGCGAUCUCCCGCUCCCAACGCGCAGGGGAACAAGGGCACCCAUCUUUCCCUAUAGGUCCUUUCCCCAGGAGGCAGGCGCGCCGAGAAAGCGCUUUGGAGGACCCUUUCCCGGCUAGAGAGAGAGAGAUCCCUGCUGCAAAUCCCUUCAGAAGCAAAGGAUCCCAGAGGGCUAAAAGGAAAAGAGCAGCCUCAUCUUCCCUCCAGGAGACAGAUCUGCUGCAGGGAGGGAGCCUCUCCCCGUUAGUCGCCCCCCCCCUUGAGAAGUCCCUGGCAGACUGACCGUUCUCUGGAUCCUCCUUUAGCUGGGCAACCCCUGAGAUCUCCGCAGCAGCCGUCCGGGGGUGGGGGUGGUGGGGAUCCCACCUGGAAGACUUAGCAAACCCCACCCCACCCAGAGACGCAGCGCUCGAGGCGGUCCCCUCCCUAGGAGUCCCCCUGCCCCCCCGCCCACCCCCUGCGACCCCCCUCCCGGCGCCAACAUGAAUUACCUGCGCAGGCGUCUCUCGGACAGCAACUUCAUGGCCAACCUGCCCAACGGCUACAUGACGGACCUGCAGCGCCCGCAGCCCCCUCCGCCGCCCCCCAGCGCCACCUCGCCCUCGCCCGGCAGCGUCUCGCCCGCCGAAAGGCCGCCGUCGGCCCCCAGCCCGGGCGCGGGCAGCAGCGGCGGGGCCGGGGGCUUCUUCUCCUCCCUCUCCAACGCCGUGAAGCAGACGACCGCGGCGGCGGCGGCCACCUUCAGCGAGCAGGUCGGGGGGGUCGCCGGCUCCGGAGGGUCCUCGGGGCGCAGCAAAGUGCUGCUGGUGGUGGAUGAGCCAGGGACAGACUGGGCAAAAUAUUUCAAGGGGAAGAAGCUUCAUGGGGAGAUGGACAUCAAAGUUGAGCAGGCAGAGUUCUCCGAUCUCAACCUGGUGGCUCAUGCCAAUGGCAACUUCUCCGUUGACAUGGAGGUUAUACGCAAUGGUGUUAAGGUAGUCAGGAGCCUGAAGCCCGACUUUGUGCUGGUCCGUCAGCACGCCUUCAGCAUGGCCCGUGGAGGAGACCAUCGUGGCAUCGUGAUAGGACUGCAGUAUGCAGGAGUGCCCAGCGUCAACUCCCUGCAUUCUGUGUACAACUUUUGCGACAAGCCCUGGGUGUUUGCCCAGAUGGUUCGCCUCUUUCGCAAACUUGGACCGGAAGAAUUCCCACUCAUUGACCAGACCUUCUACCCCAAUCACAAGGAGAUGCUCACAACCUCCAAGUACCCAGUGGUGGUGAAGAUGGGACAUGCUCAUUCCGGAAUGGGCAAGGUCAAGGUGGAGAACCAGUAUGACUUCCAAGACAUUGCCAGUGUGGUCGCCCUCACCAAAACCUACGCCACUUCAGAGCCCUUUAUUGAUGCCAAAUAUGACGUCCGCAUCCAGAAGAUUGGCAACAACUACAAGGCCUACAUGAGAACCUCAGUCUCGGGGAACUGGAAAACCAACACAGGCUCUGCCAUGUUGGAGCAAAUAGCCAUGUCGGACAGGUACAAGCUGUGGGUGGACACUUGCUCAGAAAUCUUUGGUGGUUUGGACAUCUGUGCUGUGGAGGCUCUGCAUGGGAAGGAUGGACGGGACCAUAUCAUCGAGGUUGUGGGAUCCUCCAUGCCAUUAAUUGGAGACCACCAGGAUGAAGACAAGCACCUGAUAGUGGAGCUGGUGCUGACACGCAUGGCACAGGCCAUCCCUCGCACACCUGUGCCCUCGCCUGUGCGCUCGGCCUCAGGACAACAUGCCCAGGCUCAGCCAGCUCCAGCUGGGCAGCGACAAGGCCCUCCAGCCCAGCAGAGACCCCCGCCACAGGGAGGCCCGCAGCACCCCCCUCCGGGCUCCCAGCGCCCUCCUUCUCAGCAGCGCCCUCCCCCGCAAGGCCAGCAGCUCUCGGGCCUCUCCCCUCAGCCAGGGGGCCCCCCAAUGGGCCAGCGCCUGCCCAGCCCCACCACCCACCAGCCUCCGCCACAGGCACAGCAGCGCCCGGCGGGGCAACGCCAGCCCGGCCCGGGGGCCCAGCAGCCUCGCCAGCAGGGCCCGCCGUCCGCACCACAGUCCCCCCAGCCCCAGAGGGGUCCGAGCCCCAGCGGAGGCGGGCAGCAGCCGUGGCAACAAGGGUCCCCUCAGCAGCAGCAGCGGCCUGGGGGAGCUGGCCCACCCAAGGCAACCUCCGGGGGGGCCCCAGGGCCACAGCAGCAUCAGCCGCCGCCGCCACAACAGCGCCCCCCAGCGGCUGGAGGUCAACCCCGGCAACAUCCGCGGCAGGGCAGCCAGGGGGGCCCGCCUCAGCAGCGCCCUCCGGGGGCAGGAGCACAGCAGCAGCGCCCAGCACCUCCCACAACCCAGCAGCCAAGGCCUAGCACUCAGGGGCAGGGCCCCGGGGGCCCCGGGCAACAAGGCGGCCGCCCUCCACCAAGCCAAGGCAAACCACAAGUGGCCCAGAAACCCAGCCAGGACCUGCCUCCCCCCCAGCCCCAGCUGAACAAAUCCCAGUCUCUGACCAAUACCUUCCCCCUUGCAGAGGCGCCGGUGCCGCGGGGCAGCCUUAGUCAGGACGAAGUGCGAGCCGAGAGCAUCCGCAGCCUCCGACAGAGCUUCGCCAGCCUCUUCUCCGACUGAGAGACUCCCCCCUCCACGCUGGGACCCCGGACCCCCCCCCCGCGCCCCCUGCCCCUCUCUCCCCUUCCUCGCUCCUGCCGCCCCCACCCUCCCCCGCAGGAGCCGCAAGGGACGCACAAGCCCCUGCCAUUUGUUCGUCUUGGGCCAGGGAGAAUCCGGGGGGGCAUGGGGGGAGCCAGCGAGGGAGCCCUUGGCAAGAGGGGGGCGCCUGGCUCCCUGGCGCAGGUGAGGGGGGAGCUCCUGGCCGCUCCGAAGCAGCGCCCAUGGCUUAACUAAACUGGCAGACCCCUGGGUACGUCUCGGGGCCAAAUGAAUGGCAGGGCUUUGUGUGUCCAGGGAUGCUUCUGACUGUGGAGUCAUUGUUGAAAAUAAUUCUAUACAUCUCACAAGUCUAUCGUCUGCAAAGCUGGAUUCUGAAAUAUUUUCCCACCCCACCCUAAAUCAAUUUCAAGAGCUCCACUUUCCCGCAGAGGGAGCCUCCGAUAAAAAAAAUUGCCAAUGAAUCCCCCACCCAAACCCAAUUUGUCCCAGCUCCCCGUUUCAUCAAACCAAUUCUCCGUAUGCUUUGCUGCCUCCUCCCCAUGAAGAGGAGCCCACCCCCACAAUGAAUGCUUCCCAGCACACACCCUGGCAGUGCGCAUCUCCCUGCCUGCAUUCCCUGGAGUCCUCCUUGAACCCAAGGCUGGAGAUUUCUCAAGUCCACGUCUCUUCUAACAUGAAUAUGCAAACUCUGCCCGGCUCUCUUCUCCUGGCCCCGACGCUGGUGAGGGGCGGGGGCGUCCCCAGAGCGGGGUCCAUGGGAGAGGAGAGGGGUCUCCGGGGAUCUCUGUAUAUAGCACGAGGGAGGGGACCCCUCCUGGGCCAUGUCUGUGUUUGUGGCCACAAAGGUGUUUGUGUUGCUGUUUGUGAAUAAGCCAACCUAGCGCCAAUGCGCUCCCCUCCAACCCACCCAGUGUCCCUCUUGGUAGCUUCCCCAGCUGCCAACCACCACCACCUCGGCUACAGGUCCCCCCCCCU